AGCAGCAUCUUAAUCAUUCACCUGGUUCGAGUCGCCAAAGACCGGUCUUCUUAGAUACAGAGCAAUUGAUCUCCUUUUCAUGCGGUGAAUGUCAAAACAUUCUGUAUCAGUUUAGAUUUAUUUUGUUUUUUUGCACCAGUGCUGCUAGCGGCACGGCUGUCACUGUGCUUCUGCGUUCAGUGGUAUAUUCAUUUUUCCAGAUACCAAGAUUAGGCCUGUCCUCUCCUGGAUUACACACACUUACAACCUGUCACAAUGCCUACUCCCAUCCCUUCCACCACAUCCCGACAGGCUCUCCUUGAGAAAUCCUCCAACUCUAUACUACCUCCCCCAAAUCACUUCAAUGCUCCCAACAGCACCAUGAACAAACCUAUCACAUUGCCAAAAGGCACUGGCAUUCCUGUUACAUCACCACCCGCCGUUGCUGGCCAGAAACGGUCAAUUGAUCACGUGGAUGCAGAUGAUGCCAUGACACAUGGUUCUUUCCACCAGGCAACUCGCGACCAGGAGUUUUAUAUCUAUGAAGAGCCGUCGCGGUCAAUCGUCGAUCUCGGAAGAGAGACUUCAUAUUUGCGCCAGUCCGCUGCCGUCGCCGACCCUCGUCUGGCUAGACGCGAGCAAGAGUCUCAAGAGAGUGUAGGCCUAUCAUCACUUCUCAACCUAAGCCAAGCUUCCGAGAACAAUUUUUCCAUCACACAUCCCACAACCACCCGACAGAGCACAGGAGACUCCACCGAGCCCACCAGAUCUGUGGUUCCAACGGAUCCAGAAGAGCGAAGGAUAUUUAUCCAGGAGAAAGCUACUUUGCUUCGAGUACGAUUACAAGCUGCUGUGAAAGUCAUGGAUCGCAAGCAGGAUCUUGACCGCCGUCUCGCCGAGUUUGAAGCUCGUUAUGCAGCGCAGAGAAAGUAUUGGGAGGAAACGAUUGCACAACUCAACAAAAGCUGCGAAAUCGCUGCAGCCCUGCACAAAGCGGUCCCGAAUGAAAAGACACCGAGGCUGGACCCGUCGCCCUCUCUUCGCGAGGGAGGUCCAAUGCCUACGAUGGAUUCCUCUCCUCCUUCCUCGAGCGCAAGCGGAACUCCGCACAGCCAGGCCACUCCAAAACAAACCGCUUCGAGCUCUCACCGCCAGUCCCACGGACUCAUGUCGCCAAUCCACCUUGCAAGGUCUGAUCAGCAUGGGAAAGUGAUCAUUGUUGACAGAGAUAUCAACUGUUCAGUGGAAAAAAUGAUCGCCAAGGUCAAGCGAGGCGAGGCGUUGGAUGGGCUUCUGAAAUUGAUGGAGACUACAACUGAGUAUGACGGGUUGGAUGAAUGGACUGGGUAGCAGAAAUAUGAAAUGCAGGUGUUGUAGAUUAUGACCAUGUCUGAGAGGGGGGAAAUGAUGUGACUAUGAACUGUAUUGUUACUAUACCCAGUGUUCAAUCCAAACUGAUCCAUAGCAUUCACUA